AUGCUGCGGAAGCUUUGUUCUCAAGGUCAAGAUAUGGGUUCUGCUGCCUCUCACCAAACCCGAGAUGUGACUUUCCACCCCGACGAUAUUGUAAUUAGCGAAGAUGUAAUUAAGCGAAUCAAAAAUGCUGCUACCACCGAGGAUAAUACGAAAGAAUUGUUCAAACCGCAAUACAGUCUAGGUUUAAAACAUGAACUAGAAGAGGCAGAAAGAAGAUACGAAAAGCUCCUGCAACUACUAGAAAAACGUACAAUAGGGUAUUCGAACCGUUUCUACAAAUCUUUUCACUUAUACGAACAUUUCAAGAUAUAUUGUACCACAAGGGACUAA